AUGGGCCAGCCGCCGUACCGCCCUGACCUGAACAGGUACCCCGCAUCAAGCCACGAUGUUUACGCGUCUUCUGCUGCGCCGAUAAUGCCCCACACUACCGUGGGCAGCCUGCCUCCGACUUCCUUCCUCUCUCAUCCCAAUCCGCAGGCGCAGCAGCAGCCGUCGCCGCACUAUCCUCCCCCUCAUAGUGUCCUGCCACCUGCAUCCAGCGCUCAGUCGUACCCGCAGCCCAUCGCGCCGGCGCCCCCGCGAGACCGCCGUGCAGACUUCAACAAUGGCCUUCCUUCAGGUGCAUUCAGCUUUUCGGAUGGGAAGCCUCAAGGUUGGGACCCAGUUGCUGCGAAUGGUGCUGCCGCAUAUCCCGGCAAGGAUUCCCCACGGACUCAGGUUGUUGGCUCUCAAGGCCGACGCGGUAUCCUUCCGAGCGUGCCGAACCGCGCCACUCCGGUCACGAAUGGCGUCAACGGCACUGGCAAGAACACUACCAUUCCGGCCAAGGAUGCGGAUGGCAAGUUUCCUUGCCCGAACUGUAACAAGACCUAUCUCCACGCCAAACAUCUGAAGCGCCAUCUUCUGCGCCACACCGGUGACCGCCCGUACAUGUGUGUUCUUUGCAAGGACACUUUCUCUCGCAGUGAUAUCUUGAAGCGUCACUUCCAAAAGUGCUCAAUCAGGCGUGGUAACCCCACCGGAGCAACUCACUUGUCGCAUCCCAACGCGCAUGUGAGGAAGUCCCAACAGCAAGCUGCGGCAAAUCCUGUAAAACCUGUCCAGGAUGAAGUCAGUAGUACCGUCCCGCCUCCCAAUGGCAUCCCGGGCACGACUUACGGCGAGGGAGCCGUUAACGGCAAUGGAUUGGCUCCGGUCCGGCCAGGGUUCGCGGAUCACCAGAACAUGGGCUACCCAAUGCCAUCCGUCAAUGGGAUGGGCCGUGGUCAGCAUGAAGACGCGUAUCCCGGUGGCCGGCCGCAUCAAGGAGCCCCCUGGCCACAAGCUCCCAAGCAGAGCCCGUAUCUCGUGCAGCCGGGUGCUGACCCCUCUGGCCAGCAGCUGAAUAUUGACCGUCCCCUCGAACAGGUAAAACAACCGGUCGUUCAAGACGCCAAGCGUCCCAUGAUGCCAGGACAUCCCGGCCACCCUGAACUCGACUGGACCUCGAUGUUCCAAGCUCAAGCCCAAGAGGGCUACAUGAACCCCGUGUUCUCCCAGUCCAUGUCCAGUGGCCAAGAGCCGAUCCACGCUCAUGUCGAAAGCGAGCGAAAGUACUACCCCGCCACUACCUCUGGUGCGCAGGAAAAUGGAUUGAACGGCAUGUACAUGGCUCCUACCAUGAGUAACGACGCGGCCGUUCAGCCUGCUAGGCAAUAG